CAGGGGUGUCAAAAUGUGGCCCUCCAGCUGUUGCAAAACUACAAGUCCCAUCAUGCCUCUAACUUUGGGAGUCACGCUUGUAACUGUCAAUCUUGCAAUGCCUCAUGGGACUUGUAGUUGGGCAACAUCUGGAGGGCCACCAGUGUUACACCCGUGGCUUAUAGGGAUGGAUGUCAAACUGUGGCCCUCCAGCUGUUGCAGAACUACAAAUCCCAUGAGGCAUUGCAAGACUGACAGUUACAAGCAUGACUCCCAAAGGCAGAGGCAUGAUGGGACUUGUAGUUUCUCAACAGCUGGAGGGCCACCAGUGUUACACCCGUGGCUUAUAGGGAUGUCAAACUGUGGCCCUCCAGCUGUUGCAGAACUACAAAUCCCAUGAGGCAUUGCAAGACUGACAGUUACAAGCAUGACUCCCAAAGGCAGAGGCAUGAUGGGACUUGUAGUUUCUCAACAGCUGGAGGGCCACCAGUGUUACACCCGUGGCUUAUAGGGAUGUCAAACUGUGGCCCUCCAGCUGUUGCAGAACUACAAAUCCCACGAGGCAUUACAAGACUGACAGUUA